AAAUAAAUUUAAUUGAAAAUCCAGUCACAACUUUUUUAAAUUUAAGAUACACAAUUUUUGGCUUUAAAAAGACAAUUUAUUUAGUCUUCAAAGGAAGUGAAUUCUUAAAUAUUUCUAUUUAAAAACAAAAUAAUUGUUUUUGCACUUUUUGUUAUUUUUAAACCUGAGGUUUUGAAUGAGCGAGUCGGAAGUUGAGGUCAACAGCUCUUGAUUUCUUCUCCCACUUGUUUUGCGGCGGCGAACAACAAAAUUGACAUGCAAAUCCCUGGGAAAGUGCAAGGGUUGUGACGCAAGUGGUGCAAGAGGCGAGGAGAUAGGCGUGCGCGUCCACGUGGUGCUUAACCCUCUAUCGGCGGAGUGGGUGCUCGUCUAUCUUAUCGCGGCGACGCGCUUGUGUAUAAAUUAGUUUGCCUCACUCGCACGCUCUUGUGCACUGCGAAAAGCCGCCUCACGAGGAGCAUCAGUCGCGGAACCGCCGAAGACCGACAUCGAGGGUGUGAAAAGAAGAAAAAGUGCUCGAAUUUGGACUUUGCGGCUGAUCAACAGUCUCGUGAGGGAACCAUAGAAACAACAAGGCCACGCCCCCUUUUUACGUCAUCGUCAGGUGACCUUAAAGAUGGCCGACGCCGGGAUGGACGGCUUCUGCGGCUCCAAGUUUUGGGACAUCAAUCAGACGUGGCCCAGCGAGUACGACACCAUUCCCGACUUCACCUUUUGCUUCGAGAGGACGGUGUUGGCUUGGAUUCCAUGUGCCUUCCUCUGGGUCUUCUCAAUUUUCGAAGUUUCCUACAUCCUGCAGAGCAGAUAUAAAGACGUUCCUUUCACGUGGCUCAAUAUUUCCAAAUUUAUUGCAACCUUUGCCCUGACAGUUGUCGCAAUUGUCGACCUUAUUUACGCCAUUGUUCAGUCAUCAAGCACUGAAACGUACCCUGUUGACUAUGUCACGCCCAUCGUCUUGGCCAUUUCAUUUAUUCUGGUCCUUGUUUUUCAAGAGGCCAACCGAAGGAAGGGCCUGGUGACCUCCGGCCUCUUAUUCCAAUUUUGGCUCUACCUCGCCAUCUGCGGAGCCUUCGAGUUCCGCACCCUGAUUCUCUCCAGCAGUGACCUUGCACAAGAAGACGUGGUUUACGCCAGUGGCGACUUCCGAUUUGUGACUUACUUGAUUCACUAUUCUCUGGUGCUGGUCAUGUUGGUCUUGAAUGGUUUUGCCGACGCUCCACCUCGAUUCUCCGAAUAUCCCAAAGUGGAUAACAUGUGUCCUGAAGCUCGCUCGUCGUUUCUGUCAAGGAUGACAUUCAGCUGGUUUGACAAAUUGGCGUGGCUUGGCUUCAGGAAGCCGCUGGAAAACAAGGAUUUGUGGAACAUGAAUCCUCUGGACACUUCCGCCUAUGUGGUGCCAGUAUUUGAAAAGUACUGGAAUCAGUCUGUACAAAAAGCUGCAAGCACCAAUGGACCAAAGGCGUCAUUCAGAAAGACUUCUGGAAAUGCCGAGUUUGAUGUAGAGUUCAGCACAGCUCAACCUAAGACCAAGCAAAAGAAUCAAGCGUCCAUUGUUCCGGCCAUUUGCAAAGCGUUUGGCCCGAUUUUCUUGCUCGGCUCUUUCAUGAAGUUCCUCCAGGACCUCCUUGGAUUUGUCAACCCUCAGCUUUUGAAGCUGCUGAUCAACUUUGUCGAGCAAGACGAGCCUCUGUGGAGAGGCAUGACUUAUGCCGUGUUGAUGUUCGUCACUGCCUCGCUGCAGACCAUCAUUUUGUCGCAGUAUUUCAACAGGAUGUUCAUAGUUGGUCUGCGUGUCAGAACAGCCCUCAUCUCUACCAUUUACAGAAAGGCUUUGAGAUUGUCGAACUCGGCCAGGAAAGAAUCAACUGUGGGAGAAAUUGUAAAUUUGAUGUCAGUUGAUGCUCAACGCUUUAUGGACCUGACCGCCUACCUCAACAUGUUGUGGUCUGCACCCCUGCAGAUCGGGCUCUCUCUUUACUUCCUGUAUCAGAUUUUGGGACCUUCUGUCUUUGCCGGUUUGGCCGUCAUGAUCAUUUUGAUCCCAGUCAACGGUUUCAUCGCGAACCGAAUCAAGACGUUGCAAAUCAGGCAGAUGAAAAACAAAGACCAGCGUGUCAAGUUGAUGAAUGAGAUUUUGAGUGGCAUCAAGGUGUUGAAGCUGUAUGCAUGGGAACCGUCCUUUGAGCAGCAAAUCCUCAAGAUCCGCGACAAGGAAAUCGAAGUGCUGAAGCAGGCGGCCUAUCUGAAUGCCGGAACUUCCUUUGUGUGGGCGUGCGCCCCUUUCCUGGUCUCCCUCGUGACCUUCGCCGUCUUCGUCCUGUCCAGUGACGAUAAUAUUCUGGACUCUGAAACCGCUUUUGUCUCUCUUUCACUCUUCAACAUGCUCAGAUUCCCUCUGUCCAUGUUGCCCAUGAUGAUUUCCAGCAUGGUGCAGGCCAGCGUGUCUGUCAAGCGUCUCAACAAGUUCAUGAACAUGGAUGAAAUAGACCCCACCAACGUUGGACACGAUCCCUCUGAAUCUGAUCCUAUUGUGAUGGAAAAUGGCACAUUCUCUUGGGGACCGGAUGAAAGCCCGGUUUUGAAGGGAAUCAACAUGAGGUGCAAGCAGGGUAGCUUGGUUGCUGUGGUGGGGACGGUCGGCUCUGGAAAGUCUUCCCUUGUUUCCGCCUUUUUGGGAGAAAUGGAGAAAAUCACCGGCCGAGUGAAUACGAAGGGAUCAAUGGCCUACGUUUCCCAGCAGGCGUGGAUCCAGAACGCCACUCUGCAGAAUAACAUCACCUUCAGCAAGGUGUUGGACAACAUCCAGUACAACAGAAUUGUGGAGGCCUGCGCUCUGAAGCCGGACAUUGACAUGCUGCCGGGAGGAGACCAAACUGAAAUCGGCGAAAAGGGAAUCAACCUGUCUGGCGGGCAGAAACAGAGGGUCAGCUUGGCAAGGGCUGUUUAUUAUGAUGCAGACGUUUACUUCUUCGACGACCCUCUCAGCGCCGUGGACAGUCAUGUGGGCAAACACAUUUUCGACAAUGUCCUCGGACCAAAGGGGUUGUUGAAGAAAAAGACAAGAAUUUUGGUCACUCACGGCAUCACUUAUCUGCCCGACGUGGACAACAUUGUGGUCCUCAAGGAUGGAGAAAUUUCCGAAGUUGGUACUUACAAUGAGCUGAUUGCAAAGAAGGGAGCGUUCGCCGAGUUCCUCCUGCAGCACAUCCAAGAAAGAGCAGAGGAAGAUGGAACUGAUUUUGAGGAUGUGAAGCAGCAGUUGGAAAAGACUCUGGGCACUGAAAGUGUGCAGAGACAGUUGAGCAGACAGAAGUCGAGUGAUUCUGCCUCUCUCACUGGAUCACUGUCGAGAUCAUUCGAUGGAUCCGAGGUUCGACGCAGGAAAAAUUCAAAGGAAAAUUCUGUCCCACCUGAGAAAAAGGUUGGACAGAAAUUGAUCGAAGUUGAAAAGUCUGAGACAGGAAGUGUCAAAUGGGAUGUGUACGCGCACUACCUGAUGUCAAUUGGCAUUUUCCUCACUGUCGCCACACUAUUUCUGAACGUCCUGUACCAAGGAUUCUCGAUUGGCACAAACGUUUGGCUCUCGAUUUGGUCGAACGCUCAAACUGCGUACAAUGCCACGCAGCCACUGCCUCCCAACGAGAGGGACAUGUACUUAGGUGUUUAUGGGGGUUUGGGCAUCGGCCAAGUCGUGACCGUGCUUGUGGCCUCCCUAUUUACAUACAUGGGCACCCUCAAAGCCUCGCACAGCUGCCACAACCUCAUGCUGGACAAUCUCAUGCGAAAUCCCAUCUCUUUCUUUGAUAUCACGCCCCUGGGCCGUGUGCUAAACCGCUUCUCUAAAGACGUUGAUACCAUGGACACGGUCCUGCCCAUGACCCUGCGGGGCUGGACCACGUGCUUCUUUGGGGUGCUGGCCACCAUUGUGGUCAUCAGUUACUCCACCCCCAUCUUCCUUGCUGUGAUCAUCCCCAUCGGAAUUCUCUACUACUUCAUUCAGAGGUUCUACGUUGCAACCUCAAGACAACUGAAGCGUUUGGAGUCGGUUUCGCGCUCUCCAAUUUACUCCCACUUUGGUGAAUCUGUGACUGGAACUUCAACCAUCAGGGCGUAUGGCGCUCAGGACCGCUUCAUGAAGGAGUCUGAGCAAAAGGUGGAUUUCAACCAAAUUGCCUACUACCCCAGCAUCAUUGCCAACAGAUGGCUGGCGGUUCGGCUGGAAAUGGUGGGCAACUUGAUCAUCUUCUUUUCGGCCUUGUUUGCCGUUCUCGGCAAAGAAACAAUGAAUCCCGGCUUGGUUGGACUCUCAGUCAGCUAUGCCUUGCAGAUCACACAAACGCUGAACUGGCUGGUGAGAAUGACUGGGGACGUUGAAACCAACAUUGUUGCUGUUGAAAGAAUCAAGGAGUACGGAGAGACUAAACAGGAAGCAGCCUGGGACAUCCCGGAGACAAAACCUCCCAAGGAAUGGCCUGCCAAUGGAAAUGUGGUCUUCAAUAAUUACCAAGUUCGGUACCGGGAGGGCCUGGAUUUGGUCUUGCACGGAAUUUCCUGCGACAUCAAGGGUGGAGAAAAGGUUGGAAUCGUUGGUCGCACCGGCGCCGGCAAAUCUUCGCUGACCUUGGGUCUGUUCCGCAUCAUCGAGGCGGCCGGCGGCUCCAUCGUGAUUGACAACGUGGACAUUGCCAAACUGGGUCUGCACUCGCUGCGCUCCCGCUUGACCAUCAUCCCCCAGGACCCCGUCCUCUUCUCGGGCACUCUCCGACUCAACCUGGACCCGUUCGAGCAGUACAAGGACGAGGAAGUGUGGCGCGCCCUUGAACACGCCCACCUCAAGCAUUUCGUCAAGGGUCUUCCUGCAGGUCUGAGCCACGAAGUGUCCGAGGGAGGCGAAAACCUCAGCGUCGGCCAAAGGCAGCUCAUCUGCCUUGCCAGGGCUUUGCUGAGGAAGACCAAGGUGCUGGUCCUCGACGAGGCCACUGCGGCCGUCGACCUCGAAACCGAUGAUUUGAUUCAGCAAACCAUCCGGUCAGAGUUCAAGGACUGCACCGUCCUCACAAUUGCCCACAGAUUGAACACAAUCUUGGACAGUGACAGAGUCGUCGUGCUUGAUAAGGGCAAAAUCAUCGAGUUUGAAUCGCCCAACGCCCUGCUGCAGAGGAAGCAGUCGGCCUUUUACGGCAUGGCCAAAGACGCUGGCAUCGUCAGCUAAUUGUGUUGCACACUCGUGGACUUUUUUUGGACUCUCUUAAGUGCCUUGGUGCCACUAUUAACUUGUCUGUUCACGAAUUCUUGUAACUACAGUAUUCCUCGUCACAUCAAUCAUUUCCGUUGAAUUUUGUAGAAAUCAUGCCACUUGCGGUGAUGGGCUUGUUCUUUUCGACCUAAUUUGGAAUUUGAAUAAUUAAUUGGGAAUUAGAUGAAUUUUUGAAUUGUUUUAUAUUUUCAGUUAUAUAUUCCCAUGUGUUCAGAAAAAUCAUGUACUUAUGGGAUUCGAAUGUUUUGUAAAGCAAGACUUUGAGCUUCAAAAGCCACUUUUCUGUAAAUGUCUGGGCUUUGUACGUUAACACGGCCAUCCUAUUUUGGCCACAUCAGAGCAUAAAUAGUUACAAGGAGAGGAUUUUAUUUUAUAAUUGAAACUUUAAAUGAUAUUAUGUGAUAGCUUUUUAUUUCAGCAAAGCUAUUUUACAAUCAAUAAAGAAAUUUAUACAACUUCAA